AUGCCUCCUCGUUUCCACUCCCUCCCUCCCGAGAUCCAGGACAUGAUCCUGGAAGACAUUUCCCGAGAACCCUCAACCGCCCCUUACGCCACCGUCUGCAAGUCCUGGCAGAAUUUCUUCGAGCGCAAGAAUUUCAGGUCGUUCGCUAUCGAGCAAGAUGACCUGCGCUGCCUCUCACGACUCCUGACCGCCCGACGCCAAGGUUUCGUCAAACAUAUAUGGUAUCGAAUCUAUCUUCCUAAUUCCAAUCCCAGGAUUUCAACCAAAAUCAAGAGGUUCGAAAAGCCUAAAGUAACAUUCCGUGCGGACAGGGUCUUUACCCAUUCCAUCUUUGGACUCUGGGAUAUCCUUUCUCUAUGGGAUCCAGAGAACAGAAUCACCCUUGAGCUAAGUGUUUACGCAUACGACGAUUGGGCUCCUAUUCUGCGGCAAGAGCGUAUAUUUGAACGGGAUCUUGCAGCGUACAAAGUCCACAAGGAGUCGGGGUCAAGAGAACCUUACCGUUACGAUAAUCCUCACGGACCUUACAUUGAACAAUACAGGUUGUGGGGCUUGCCGUAUGCUGAUCACAGGAUACGGGGUCACUGGAACGCCUGUAGGCAUGACCUCAUAGGUUGGAAGGAUAUUGAACUCACCACAGCAAGACGCGCAGAUGCACGACCGUACUACAUAGAGGAAAAUGCCAUCCUCCCUCGCGUCCCUAUUAUCUCCAAGUUCCUCAUCCGCAACACGCAAUUCCGUCGAAUAUAUCCAGGAACUCUACUUCAAAUGUUCAAAAGUUUCAAAAACCUUGAAGAUGUCACGAUCGAGCGAUGGGCUUCUGUCGACGCCGGUGACGAGACAGAUUGGACCCGACAUGCCUCUGUAGCUUUUGCCUCGGAGCUCCCAGCUUCAGUCAAGACAUUGUCCAUCAAUGGAAGAAAAUGCGCUGUGUUCCAGGAUUGGGUAUCACGCGAUGUUAAACUAAGAAACAUUUUAGCCAAACGCUUCCGCCAAUACUCCAAGGAACUGGCACACAUGUCUGUAACGGACGUUAUCGAUGCCAAAGACUUCCUCGAUCUCUUCCGCGCCUCCGUCUCAGAGGACGACUUGGAAUCAUUGAUAAGGUGGCCUGAUCUUGAGACACUUACGCUAUCGACAGAUUUAUUCGAGACGCAAAAUCGAGUCAAAAUAGAGAAAUUGCUCUGCUCUGCGGCGAGAGCAGCACGAAAGAUGCCACAACUUCGAAAACUUGAAAUCAGGAGCAGCAGACAUGCACAAUGCUUGUUUCGGUACAAUGUAGUCGAAGCUAUAGCAGAGGUAACGUGGUCAGGGCCAGUUGUCGAUAGUACCGAUAUUAUGAAGGAGUGGGAGAAGACAUCUGCAUGGAGAAACAACAUUGACGUGAUAAAUGAUUUCUGA